UCGGCCCCAAGCACCCUCGGCACUGUGCGUCAAACCUUUCGGCCAUGAGUGGCAACGCGAAGGUGGCGGUGCCCGAGGCGCUCGAGUCCCCCACACAGCUGGCGACGGAUAUGGCAACGCAGUGGCUGGCGUCUAUGGACGAGAUGCACGACGACGACGACGAGACAGAGACGCCGAGUGACAUUUCACCCAGUGCAGACUCGAGCCCUGUGUGCAAGAAGCGUGAACUGAAUGAGUCGCAGAAAGACAACGAAGACGAAACACCGGGAGCUCAGAACAAAAGGCCCAAGCGGAAGUACCGCAAGUCCACCAUCAACGUGCGCAAGGAGGAGAAGGCACAUUUGCUAGAGGAGCUGGCAGAGCUUCACACCAAGAUGGAGCAGAUCAAGGCACGUGCAUUUGCCACGUGUGUGGGCGUGGAGGCACGAACGCCAAGCGAAAUGCAGAGCGCCAAUAGGGUGCUGAGACGGGCGAUCCAGAAGCAACAACUGGAAUGCACCAAAAUCCACGCACUCAUGUCCGAGUACUCUUUAUUUAGCAUUCGAGUGGGCAGUCCAAUUCAUCAUCCAAUUCACUUAGAGAAGGACACGCAUGCACGACGAGCAACUUUGUUGGCCUUAAAGAGCAAAGUAUUGGCGGAUGGAGCCAUGUUUCUAAACGACCGACGACCCCGCGUAGACCCUUUGAAACCUAUGCGAGAAGAUCAUGGCUACGAAGCCUCAAACGGAGAUUUUUACGCGACUUACAUUUCUACGAUGCAAUUCGAGAACACAGUGAAGCAAGUGUACGAUAUCUUACUGGGAUAUUUCAGUAGUAUCGAGAUUAGUGUGUCGGAGAAGCUGGGGAACAUCACAAUUCGAGAAGACGACGACAAUAUGGCUCCAGGAAUCACACAGAAUCGCCUGGUGUCGACUACCAUUGGAGGUCUACGGAUGGAGUCGAACACCGUGUAUUUCUCACGGUACGAGCCGGGAGACGAGGACGCAGGACAUCAAAAUGGCUACGGUAUCUUUGUGGCGGAUUACGUAGACCACGACGAGUUAAACCCGUAUCAUCCGCAUGAACGUAUUCGUCGUGACUUCACCGCAGUGCUGGAGCUCACGUCGUAUCCGAUUAGACAUGGGGUACAUUUGGCCCGUCACCAUCACUUGCUUGUUUGCGAGCCAUUUGACAAGAUGUCGAUGAAUGACCACGUUGAGCGACGCAAUGGUGACGCCACCGAGCGGCAAGGACGACCGACGCGUAUUAUGGGUGACCGUCAUCCAGUAGUCGCAAGCUGCCGCUUGACGCCGAGCUUCCCGCAGGCGCAGACGCCGUUCCAGACGCUGAACGCAAUGUCCAACCCGGCUCUGCUACGUGGCGCAGCGGUCUUUAAUGCGCGUACCUCAGCUGUAAGUGGUGCGAGCAUGACGAAUCCCUGGGUGGCACAUAUAUCAGAAACAGAAGCAGCGAUAAUAACGAGGGUGGAGCCAUUUAAUCGAGGCUACGAGGUGAGCUACACGACGAAAAAGAGAAGCAUCGACGAGGUACCAAAGCUGCUGAGCACGAGUAGUGAUGAGGGAGAGACUUGCAGCUCAGUAGCGACUGCGGAGAAACCCAAGCGAAAGCGAAAGUACCGCAAGGCGACACACACGUUAGACAUAAAAACGCAGGAUUAA